CAGAAUCAAGCCCUUUCUGAUUGGGGGUGAGGAUGAUCCCUGUGUGCACAACAAUUUUGUAUACGGCAAGGUUCAAUCGCAUCACCGUCAUGACUGAUCCAUGAUGGCUCCGCCGUUGCACCGUCGCUCAUGGCGCCAAUCAAGGGCGUCGGCACUAAUCUUCGCGGCGGCCUUUUUCUCCGCAGGCUUCAUACUAUUCUUCUACUCCAGACCUAGCUAUGUCGCUCCAAUUCCCGAUCUCGAGACCAGUCCUUCCCUAGCUUCUCCCGAUGACACCAAUCCUUGCUUUGUGGAUCUCGAUCUUCUCCGACAAUACUCCAGUACCGCCACGGUACAAUAUGCGAGGCUCGAGAUAGCCGUGACAUCUACGGAAAACUUCACGGGUUAUACGGAUACUCUCAGCACGCGAUUCCCAAAGUUCCACACCGUACGCUUAGACACAGAAGCCCCUCGAGAGGACCUGUCGCCGGAAAAAUGUACUGCCACCGUGACCAUUGAGGGGCCUCAGCCCAGUGCACCCCCGGAUGCUUCCCAUAUCAUAUUCGGCCUUUCCACAUCGACUGAUCGUUUAAUCGACUCCCUGGACGCGUUUGCGCACUGGGCUGCAGGCACCAAUGCCCGGAUCUUGGCUGUGGUUGAUAGCGGGGGACGAAAGAAGGAGGCUGAGAGACGGGCGCAGGCGCUAGGAAUCCGUCUCACCAUCCUCCAGGAAGAUAACGAGCGCUUGGAUCGAUACUUCUAUCUAGUGCAGUACCUGUACAAGCACAAGGAUAAGUCUACUCAGUGGGUGGUUAUGAUGGAUGAUGAUACGUUCUUCCCGUCAAUGACCCGGCUGGUGGAUCGGUUGGCCACCUACGAUGCCUCAAUGCCCCAGUAUGUCGGUGCUGUGACGGAGGAUUUGCAGCAGAUGUACAGUAGUGGCUACAUGGCAUAUGGUGGUGCAGGGAUCUUCCUAUCUAUACCGCUUCUCGAGCAGCUCCAGCCUUGGUUCGAUGAAUGUUACGUGUUUAAAGGGGGUGGUGACCACAUGCUUUCGCAGUGCAUCUAUAAGCACACAAAUACUAAGCUCUCCUGGGAGCGAGAUCUUUUCCAGCUGGAUCUCCGGGGGGAUGCGUCAGGGUUUUACGAGGCUGGGCGGGAUCAGCCUCUCUCCGUGCAUCAUUGGAAAUCCUGGUUUCAGGCUGAUAUGGUGGCUCUCAGUAAAGCAUCCAGCAUCUGUGGCGAGGAGUGCUUGCUCCACAGGUGGCUACUACAAGACGAGUGGUACCUUGUCAACGGAUUCUCCGUGAUCAAGUAUUCGACCGUGUCAGACGAUCCCUUGGCCAUGGAGCAGACCUGGAAUGCUAGCCAGUAUACCGGUCCAAACCCGUUUACCUACAGCUUGGGGCCAUUACGCCGCAAGGAUGAAAAGAAGAUCUCUUUUCGGAUGCGAGAUGUAGUGCAAGAGAAGGAGCGAGUUAGGCAGAUAUAUGUGCAUGAAGUGACACCUGAAGAGCUGGAGGUGUUGGAGGUGGUUUGGAAUCAUGCUGCGUGAGAUGACUGUUUCGAUUAGAUAGACAUAGACGUAGGGAGAAGCAGGGAAAUAUGUAAAAUUACCUUCCACAUCUUCCUCUCCCCGUGGUAUGUGCUGAAGACCACAAUGUGGUGGCCUUUUCGAAGUGGAAAAUGCGGACUGCCUCA